CUCUUCCGUUUCUGCCCCCCUUUCUCCUUUUGUUCUCCCUCCCCCCACCACAACCAUCAGGGUCGCAAAUCUACCUCAAGGAUAUCUCCAGAUACGUUCGUUCACUUUUUCGAAUUGACUCUGGGAUAGACUGCCUGGACUCCUGUAAAUCCUUUUCUUUUUUACGCUGUCUCGAUUUCUUUCGCCACUCCGAAAAACCACCGCCGCCAUGUUCAAACGCUCGUUCCGGUCCGGGGACCGAGUCGACAAGUCGGCGAGGCUGAAGAAGUCUAACAACAGCAACAAUAACAACAACAACAACAACAAGGUUCGGGAUCCUCAGAAACUAGCGAAACUGCAGCGGUCGAUCGAGGAGAUCCUCCCCGCUAAGAGGACCCUCAACUCUCCUAUCGUCACAUUAACGAUCGGGAGAGAAGCACGACUGUUCGCGGCCCACGAGGAGGUCCUAUCUCAGUCGCCCUUCUUCGAAAGGGCGUGUCGGGACCAAUACCUCGAGGCGCAGAGCAAGAGGAUUUCACUUCCGGACGAAGAACCCGAGAUCUUCUCGGCCGUACUCGAGUACCUCUAUAAGGGUGACUACUACCCACGCUUGGUACAUAACAAGCACCGAAACUCUUGGGAGCUCGAGGAUGCCGUGGGAUCACCCGACCCUUCAGAAAACAACCGAGCUGGCCGCGGAGCUGUCGAGGCCACAAUGCACGUCGCCAGCGUGGGGCAAUAUCUCUUGCGGGAUACCGUCGUGUACUGCGCCGCCGAUAGGUACGGACUCGAAGAGCUCAAGCGCCUAGCUCUUCGGAAGCAAGGCCUACAGAGCGGAAUUGACGUCGGAACGAUCCUUAGAUCGGCGCAGUACGCCUACGACAACACGCCGGACACGGACUCGCGACUACGCGCUCACUAUCUCGCCUUAAUUAUCCGAUGUCGCAAGACAUUUAAGAGGAGCGGAACCAUGCAGACGGAGAUGGAACGGGGCGGCAAACUUUUCUUUGACCUAUUCGUGGCCAUGUGCAACCAUCUCGACGACGUCGUGGAUAUGAGCAACGCUCGGACGCCUAAGACGAUCUAACGAGCUCUCGGAUUUGCACUAACAACAUAUCCACUAAACAUCGGGUCACUUGGGGGAAUAUGGCGUUGGAACGUGUCUUGAAUUUGGCGAGGAACGAACGGUCACGGAGUUGAAUGAUUAUGCUUUUCCUUGUCUCUGGUUUCUUCCCUCAACUCAGUCCCUCCCAGAUAUUAUC